GGGUGUGAGGAGAGUGGAGGAGGGCAAUGCUCCUCCCACGGGCCGGCGUCAGUCUGAGCAAAGGCUGACUAGGUCAGCUUGCUGAGCACCGGGUGCUGCUUCUCCCGCUCGGGAAGGGAGCCGGGAUUGGCGCCCAGCCCUCCAGGCGAUCUAGGGUCGGAGCCGAGCUCCGUCUCCCUCCAUGAGCACCGCUCUGCCUCCCGGCCCCAGCCUCUGGCGGCGGGCAGCCACGGUGAUCCUGGCGGCCGGCUGGACCCGCCCGGCCGCGGCCGGGUCGUUGCCCCCGCCGCCCGCCGAGGACUUCCGGCUAUUGCUGCUGAAGCGGGCAGCCAAUCAGGGCUUUCUGCCCAACGCUCACGUCUUCCCGGGCGGCGUGCUGGACGCGGCGGAUCGCUCGCCGGACUGGCUUCGUCUCUUGGCGCCGCACCACGAGCCUGCACGCUUCGGCCUGGGCCUGUCGGCGCGCCCGCGCGCCGCCUUUCUCCCGGGGCUGCCUGACUUCCAGCCCGACGCCGCCGACCCCGCGGCGCUGCCUGAUGAUGUGGCCGAGCGCAUCUGUGCCAUCCGCGAGACCUUCGAAGAGGCGGGAGUGCUGCUACUGCGGCCCCGGCGUGCUCUGCCGGCCCGAGGCGCCGGGGCUCCGGCUCCCGAGCCCGCCCGCGCUCUCGCCCCGCCCGCCGGCCUGGACGCCUGGCGUGCGCGCGUCCGCAGCGACCCGCGCCAGUUCCUCAGCCUGUGCGCGCACCUGGACUGCGCCCCCGACGUCUGGGCCCUGCGCGACUGGAGCGGGUGGCUCACGCCGCCCUUCCCGGGCGCCCGCCGCCGCUUCAACACCGCCUUCUUCCUCUGCUGCCUGCUCGAGCCGCCGUCCGCCGAUCCCGACCUGAGCGAGGUGACCGAAUGCCAGUGGUUAUCUCCAUCAGAGGCAACUGAAAAUUUCCUUUCCAAAAAUAUUUGGUUGGCCUGCCCACAGUUCUAUGAAAUAAGAAGACUUGCAAACUUCACUUCCUUUUCUGCCUUACAUAAAUUUUGUUUGGAUCAUGCAUUGGAGGGGCCUGAAACAUGGAUGCCCAUCACACUGAAAACUGCUGACUCUACCAUCAGGCUUUUUCCGGGAGAUGAACUGUAUAUAGAAGAUUCAUACUUUGUAGACAAUUGUAUGUCUACUGAUAAAACAACUGAAGAAAUCAUGAAAGAAGGCAAGAAAUUUCACCGAGUAGUAAUGCACAGUAACUAUCUUUAUAGUCUCCAUGUGACUAUCCAGCCAAAGUCUAAACAUAUUUAUCCUAAGAACUACAUAGUAAAUAAAAGCCGUUUGUAGAGUGUUGCCUA